UUCUCUCAUCAUAAACAUUACUCAUUCACAAAACAAUCUAAAAGCAACUACACAAAUCUCACAUAUUAUUCUGUUUACUGUUAACCUUUCAAUCGAAUCAAGAUUAACUAUGGCUGAGGAGUACAAGAACAACGUUCCCGAGCACGAGACACCAAAGGUCGCAACAGAGGAAUCACCAGCGACGACUACAGAGGUUACGGAUCGUGGAUUGUUUGAUUUCUUGGGGAAGAAGGAAGAGGAAGUGAAACCUCAAGAGACAACGACGCUCGAGUCUGAGUUUGAUCAUAAGGCUCAGAUCUCGGAACCGGAGUUAGCUGCGGAGCACGAGGAAGUGAAGGAGAACAAGAUUACUCUCCUUGAAGAGCUUCAAGAGAAGACCGAGGAAGAUGAGGAGAACAAGCCUAGUGUCAUCGAAAAGCUUCACCGAUCCAACAGCUCUGCUUCCUCUUCGAGCGAUGAAGAAGGGGAGGAGAAGAAGGAGAAGAAGAAGAUCGUUGAAGGAGAGGAAGAGAAGCAAGGACUAGCGGAGAAGAUCAAGGAGAAGCUUCCAGGCCACCACGACAAGAAACCAGAGGAUGAUGUACCAGUUUCCACUACCAUCCCGGUACCAGUGUCGGAGAGUGUGGUGGAGCAUGACCAAACCGAGGAAGAGAAGAAAGGACUAGGGGAGAAGAUCAAGGAGAAGCUUCCUGGCCACCACGACAAGACUCCAGAGGAUUCACCAGCUGUUACCAGCACACCGUUGGUUGUAACGGAGCAUCCAGUGGAGCCUACGACGGAGCAUCCGGUGGAACAUCCGGAGGAGAAGAAGGGCAUUCUGGAAAAGAUUAAAGAGAAGCUUCCAGGUUAUCAUGCCAAGACCAGUGAAGAGGAAGAGAAGAAAGUAAAAGAGACUGAUGAUUAAGAAAAAUGGUUAAAGAAUGAAUAAUGAUGUGGGAGUGGGACAUUUGCUGUGUUUUUGUGAUCAUUAUUAUAUUUCUCUUUUAAGUUGUUCUUGUGGCUUUCGUUGAUUGCAUUUGAUCUGUAAUUUCAUUUUAUCUUUUUAUAUAUAAAAUUUGCAUAUUUUCUAGUUUA